CGCCGCUCGUAACCACGCCCCUUCAAAAACACCAAAACCAAUAUGGCGGACGGCUCUGGAUGUUCCUGCCGUUUUGGCUCUGCCAGGCCGCGAUAUUGGCCACAGUUGAUGUCUGUUUGUGUGGAAAAGGUUAUGAGCUGCACCGCUGCGGGUCACAGAACCCACUCCGGUCGAACCGGGCCGGGUAAUCCUUGAUCUUCUGAAAACCCGCAGCUCACGUUGGUUCCUCCAGAAAAAUUCUCAUCAACCAAUCAAAGGCAGAGCUGUUUGAUGGGGACGUAACGUCAGACCCAGAGAGCCAAUCCACGACUCUGAUACAAACUACGAGGAGGAAGGCCCGCCCCCUGCGUGUCGAACUACAGAGCGCGUGAAGAAGAAAGAGUAGAACCGUCCGAAUCGGUUCGGUCCGACUGCUGAAGCGACGCUCCAGCAACAGCAACAUGGACACUGAGCUGUUUAUGGAGUGUGAGGAGGAGGAGCUGGAACCGUGGCAACAAGUGGACGACAGCGUAGAGGAAGAUGACAUGGAGUACACGGACAACUACGGAGAGCCAGUGGAGGAUUCUUCACCCUGUGAGACUCCGCCCCCCAGGUCUCCCCUGCCCAGCACACCUGUCCCAGCAGGUGCACCGCCUUUCGUCUCCUUGGCCCCUCCUCCACCUCUCUCCGUCUCCAUCUCCAAGCCCGCCGCCUCGGCCCCACCCUUCAGAGCUCAGGCUCCGCCCCUCAUCCUGACGCAGACCGCCGGUGGAACGUUCCUCCUGCCGGCCGGGCCCGGCGCCACCCAGCCCAUCCUCCUCACCACGCAGGGCUUCCAGGUUCCCACAGUGAUGACUCCCGGCACGCCGCUGGUUCUCAACCUGCAGUCCAACCUGCAGACGGUCCAGCUGAUCCAGUCGCCAACUCUGGGCCAGCUGGUCCGACCCACUGUGGCCGUGUCUACCGUGCUGUCUCAGAACCAGACUGGACCCGGUCCGGCCCACCCGGGAUCCGGUUUCACCACUUUGACCAUCAGAACCGGCGCUCCGGGAUCUGUCAACCUGCAGGUGGCGCCUGUGGGCGGCGCCGGCUCCCUGAAGCUGGCCGGUACUCCGGGCCUCCGGCCCACUUCCACCAACGGAGUCAUGAAGGCCACGCCCCUCAGUGCCCCCACAGCUCCAGGCCCCACCCAGCGUGUGGUUACCACGGCGACCGCGGCUGUGCCCCCCCGGGUGGUGAUGAGUGUGGAGGAGUUUUACUACGGCAGGUUCAGCGGAGACGUCAGCCUGAGGAGGCCGCCGCCGCCUGGAGCCGCCAUCUUCUCUUUCACCUGCAACAUCUGCUGCUUCAGGGCAGAGAACAACCUCAGGUUGAUGCAGCACGUCCUUCACCACUCGGAGCUGGUAGUGGAGAGUAAAGAGCGUCAGUGCUGUCGGUUCUGCUACCGCCAGUUCUCGUCCCAGAGCCAGCUGAGGGACCACCAGGAUCAGGUCCACGGCUCCGCCCAGUCCACCUGUCUGUGUCGGAUCUGUGAGUGGGCCUUCGACAGCGAGCCGGCUUUCCUCAACCACAUGAAGUCCAACCACAAGCCGGGCGAGAUGCCCUACGUCUGCCAGGUGUGCUCGUUUCGCUCGUCCUUCUACUCGGACGUCGUGCAGCACUUCGCCACCUUCCACAGAGAGACGCCGUUCCUGCUCUGCGUCUUCUGCCUGAAGGUGAUGAAGAACCCCGGCAACUACCAGCAGCACCUGUUCAGGCACAAGCUGAGCCAGGCCUUCCACUGCAACAGAUGUCGCCUUCAGUUCACCUUCCUCAAAGACAAGAUGCAGCACAAGGUGGAGAACCACCGCAGCUUCCGCCGGCCGCCGCAGCUGGAGGGGCUGCCACCGGGGUCAAAGGUAACGAUCCGGACCUACGGGAAGGUCAGGCCUCCGAUGGCGUCAAACUGCAUUUUUCAGCCCAACAGAAUCAAAACCGAGCCGAUGUUCCCGAUCCAGAAGAACCCCCCGCUGUUCAAAGUUCCCAAGUCUCCGACCCGGAGGGGGCUGGGCUGCCGGGAGCCCGGCAGGUUCUGGUCGGCAGACCGCUUGGUGUGUCUGGAGUGCGGAACCGAUGCAUCGGACCUGACGGCUCAUUACCCGACCUACGUCCACUGCCUGCUGUGUCCCUACAGCAGCUGCUGCUCCCGGGCCUACGCCGCCCACAUGAUCCACCACCAUGUCCGUGGCUCCAGAGAUAAGGUGCUUCCUCUGCAGAAGGCUCCGCCCCCUUGCACCUUCCUGCUGCGCUGCUCUGAAUGCGACUUCCUGCCUCAGACAGCAGAUCAGAUGGCCGAACACCUGCUGAGCAACCCGGAGCACGAUGGCGCCACCUGCUGCUCCCGCGAGUACGUUGAGCCUGACAUCCUGCUGUGCCUCAGCGCAGAGCAGCAGUCUUCACAGGAACUGGACCAGAACCAGGACUCAGCAGAACCGGCCUGGAAGCUGGCAGAGAGCUGGAAACGUCCAGAGGAGAGUGCCUGGACCUCGGUCCUGUCCUUCACCCAGCCCAGCGGGCCCAACCACUUCCUGUCUAAGAACAGCGACGCCAUGGACUUCUUCAGCCUGCUCUUCCCGCCGGCGCUCGUCGAGCUCAUCGCCAAGGAGACCAACGCCCAUGCCAAGGCGUGCCGCCUGCUGGGCCGCUGCCCGCCCGACUGGGUCCCCGUCACCGGCCCGGAGGUCAAAGGUUUCCUGGGCCUGGUGAUCCUGAUGGGCGUCCACAACCUGCCGGACCCGACGCACUACUGGUCCUUCAACCACUUUGACAACAGCUACACCUUCCACCGCGCCAUGCCGCUGCGCCGCUACCAGCAGCUCGCCGCCCACCUCCGCAUGGGCAGCUUCGUGGGCGAGCUCCACGGGCCGGGCCGCUCCGCUGACCCGCUGCACGCCUUCCGGCCCAUGCUGGACCUCCUGGGCGGUGCCAUGUGGGACGCCUACCGGCCCAACUGCUGCCUGGCUGUGGACCGGGCGCUGCUGCCCAGCCUGGAGGGCGAGGAGCGUGGCGAGCAGCGCGGCGCACACAGUGGCGGCGGCGCCCAGCCUCAGGUCUGGCUGCUCUGCGACUCCAAGUCUGGCUACUGCCACCGCCUGUCCAUCCAGCUGGGGGAGCGGCUCGGCCCGGACCUGGGCUUCAGCGUGGUUCCAGAGCUGGUCAGAGACCUGGACGACAAGCACCACCAGCUGUUCCUGGCCAACUCGCUGGCCUCCGUCCCGCUCAUGCAGACGCUGCUGCAGCAGAACAUCUACGCCUGCAGCUCCUUCCCGCCUCCCAGCCCCGUCCUGCCCCGCCCGCUGUGGGACGACGGCGAGCUGCGCAACCCGGGAGACUUCCUGCAGAGGCAGUGCGGCCCCCUGCUGGCCACCCGCUGGCGCGACACCAAGGAGACGGGCUGCCUGUCCACCAAUGCGGCGCCGGGCCAGCCGGACGCCGUCUGGAGGAGCAAGGCAGGCGGGCUGGUGACCAUCGAGCGGCCCAUGGCCUUCCGCCUGCUGCAGGAGAACAUGCGGGGCGUGGACAUCUGCAAGCAGCUGCUGGCCUGCAACCAGCUGGGAGGCGUGCCGCAGGACCGCCACUGGCGCAACCUGUUCUGGUUCCUGGUCAACCUGAGCGUGGUCAACGCCUUCAUCGUAAUGCGGGAGAGCCGCAAGGACAACCCGCCCACCUGGGUGCAGGACGGCCUGUUCAGCCAGCUGGCCUUCCGCCGCCGGCUGGGCAACCAGCUGGCCCGCUGCGCCCAGAGGCACGGCGAGGCACCAGAGUCGCCGGGCCCCCAUGGGGCCCGCGCCACCGCCGAGGAGCCCGUCCGGCAGCGCCACAAGAUGACGAAGAUCAGCAGCGUCUCCAAGCGCUGCAGGAACUGCAACAUGAAGAACCUGCGGCAUGAGAGCGUGUACGGCUGCACCGUCUGCGACGCCAACCUGUGCAAGCGGCCCGGCUGCUUCUGGGAGUUCCACGGCCUGCCGCCGCUCCACCGUGGGUCGACCAAGCUGGGCUUCCUGAAGGACAGACUCAGCGGAGAGAUCGUCAUGGAUGAGGUCAGCGUGGACGAGACGUUCGGCCCGGUGGAGGACCUGGACUUUUCCGACGACGAGCCGCUGGACGAGCCAGAAGACGAGGAGGAGAUGAACCUGACCGGAGCCGGUCCAGAGUCCGGUCCAGAGCCUGGUCCGCCUUCAGAGAGCGGCGGCCGUGCCGCGGCGCAGCCAGCCAUGGUGCGCCGCGGCACGCUGUCGGUGCGGCAGCUCCGCAUCAUCCUGUUUGCGCUGUGCGAAGGUCUGCGGCAGGCGUCCCGCGUCUUCUCCACCGACCCACAGCUGAUCCGCCGCUGGCUGCGGGAGGCGCGGGCGCGGUCGGCGCAGGAGGAGGAGCGGCAUGCAGACGGCGCGGCGCGCAUGGUGGCCUGGGUGCUGUCCAUGCGGGAGCAGCAGCUGCCGCUCACCGAGAGCAACCUGUUCAACAAGGCGUCCAUCCUGAAGAAGAAGAAGGCAUUCGGCGACGCCUUCCGCAUCUCCUACGACUGGGCUGUCGGCUUCCUGCUGCGCCACCGGCUGGGCGUCUGCAGGGCGGGUCGGGCUGUGGGCCUCGGCCGUGCCGCACCGCCGCCGCUGCGGGCCCGGGUCGGCGCCUUCAGGGAGUUCACUCGGCGGGCGGUGCGGUCCCACCGGCUGGCGCGGCGCGCCGUGGCCGCCAUGGACGAGCUCUGCCUCUUUGUGGAUUUCCGGCUGGUCCAGGACCGGUCCAGGCGCUGCGAGGCGCUGGAGCUGACCGGGUCCUCGCCGCUGCUCACCGUCUACCUGGCAGUUCUGGCUGACGGCGCCGUGCUGCCGGCGCUGGUUCUCCUCAGCCGGCCGGUCCCGCAGGCGGCGCCGCCCGACCUCGCCUUGCUGGAGGUCCGGACGGACGGCCUGAGCGCCGAAGACGCCCUGGACCUCUGGACCACCAAGGUCUGGCUGCCGCACCUGUCCGGCCUGGCCCAUUCCGGGAAGUCCCUGCUGGUUCUGGACCGGCACCGGGAGCACCUGGCUGACCCGUUCCUGGCGGCGCUGAGCGCGGCCCGCAGCCUGCCGGCCAUCAUUCCCACAGGAUGCUCCUUCUGCCUGCAGCCGCUGGACGUCUGCCUGAAGCCGGCGCUGCAGCGCUUCCUGCUGGCCCGCUGGGCCCGGUUCGCCGCCGAACCGGAACCGGAGCUGGACGACCCGACCCACAUGCCGCAGGACAACGUGACCCGAAUGCUGGUGGACUGGCUGCUGGACGCCAUGACGCACCUGUGCCGCCUGCCGCACACCUGGAGGACGUCCUUCCAGCUAACCGGACUCCUGCUGGACCAGACCGGGCCGGAACCACGGGACCAGCAGGCAGAACUCAUCAGAACCCUGACAUGCAUCCUGCUGGGUCCGGACACAGCAGAAACAGAACCGGCUGAACUUCAGGAGGACGAAGAGCAGGACGGGGACGGACAGGAGACAUCCGAGGAGAAACCGCUGUCCAAAGAGAACGAGACGGAGGACAGGAAGGAGGCGGAGGACAGGAAGGAGGCGGAGGACAGGAAGGAGGCGGGCACAGAGGACAGCUUGGCAGCGGAGACUCUAGAGGACAGCGAGGAAGAGGAGGGUCAGCAGAGACAGGAGGAGACGAGGGAGGCGAGCAGAGAGAGACGGGAAACGCGGAUCGAGAUCGGGGAGGAAGUUGGAGACGAGUGGAAGAUCCGGAGCGACGGCACCAGAACCGUGGAAGACAGCUGAGGUUCUGACCCGAUUCUGACUCAGAAUGCCCGUGCUCCCCCAGUGGCUGACAGAUGAACUGCUUCCGCCUGCUGGUCAGUUAGACCGGAACCAGAACCGGGCUCUGUCCGGAUCCGAAGGGCAAAACGUUUUUAAUGGACCUUUAUUUAAAAAUCACUGAGGUUCAACAUCAGCCAAUCAGAGACAAAGGGGCGGGGCUUCAGCGUCCACCAGACGGUCCAGAUGUCACACCUGAGGUUCUAAUGAACAGAACACCAUGAAAGUUUACAGUCUGAGCUGCUCAGAUCAAAAUGGGUCAUCAGAACCACCAGAACUUUCAGAACCAGGUUUAGAUGAACAAACAGAAGUGAGUGGCGCCGUGGCGACAGACGAUUCUCUACCCAGCUGCAGCUACUUCCUGGUAGCAGGAGGCUACUUCCAAUCUGAAGCUGCUGAUCUGAUCAAUGAUAGGCUGGAAGGAGAGUACUAGCUAGCAUUAGCUUUGGGUAAGCUAACAACUAGCAUGCCUAAGCUGGUCCCCUACUUCAUCUGCUGUCCAUUAGCAUUUGCUAUGCCAGUAUUAGCUUUAAAAAGGCUAGCACUAGCAUUGAGUAUUCUAGCAAGUUGCUUGUGUCUUAUUACCAUAAAAUGUCAAAACACGACAUCAUUGUUAGCAACGCUUAAUUGAUGUCGCUUACAGAAAAUGCAUGAGAAAUGUUUUUUUUUUUUUUUACUUUAUGUUUAUUGAUUGUGUUUCAUUUAUUAAUCACAUACAGAACACAGAGCGGAAACAACUGUCGACAAGAAGCAUUUCUUACAUUCUGACAAAGAUGAACAGAUAUAGGAUGAAAACAGCAUACAAAGUUACAUCCCAAUCUUUGGGUUUUUCAGCAGCAAUUAAAGUGACAGUAUAAGUCACCUGAUUCAGUUAUUGUUUUCUAGAAAUCUAGUCCAUUUGCUCCAUCUCUUUUUGUAAAGGUCCGAUUGUAGUCUCAACAUGAACGUUAACUUUUCCAUUUUGUGGGUUUCGUCCACCAGUUCCAGCCAGUUCUUUAGCGUUGGUGGGUCGGGUUGAAGCCAUUUCCAAGUGAUCGAUUUUUUUGGCUGUAGCACUGAAGAUUUUUAAUAAAUAUUUGUCACUCAUGUUCCAACUCUCAGGAACGGCUCCGAGCAACAAUGACAUGGUAGGUUGUUGGAGUCUGAGAUCCAAAAUUAUUUCAAUUUUCUCCAAAACUUUUUUCCAAUAAGACUUGAUCUUUAUGCAGUGAUUUGGCUCCGCGUCCCCACAUCCCCUCCAGCAUUUAGAAGCAUUUGGGUUUCUAUAAGACUGAUGCUUUGGUGUUCUAAAAAACGUAACAAGUUUUUCCAACUGAACUCACGCCAAUAGUUUGAGGAGGCUGAAGCAGCAGAUUCACACAUAUUGUCCCAUUGUUCUUGUGAUAUUUUAGCAUUCAUCUCUUCCUCCCAUCUUUUCCUAACAUAAUCUGUUGACACUCCUUUGGAUCUCAACAAUCCCUGAUACAGUUUGGAGAUGUGAUCUUGCCAGGCGUGGAGUAAGCUUGUGACACCAAUUGAAUUAUCUCGUUAGACUCUGAGAUGUAGUCUUUUAAUAUGUUUGGAAAAAAAAAUUGUCUAAAUUGCAGAUAUCUAAAGAAGUCCCCUUUUUCUAGAUCAUAUUUUUGUUGUAGUGUGUGAAAACUUGGUAGUGUAUUUUUGUCCAGUAUCCUGCAAUAAGCAGUUAUUCCUUUCUGUGACCAGUUUUUAAAACUGGAAUCUAAUUGGUUAUGGGUGAAAUCUGAGUCAAAGGCGGCCCAUCUGAGAAUUCGUAUUUGGUUUUCCAAGUUUAAUUCCUUAACCACUUCAAACCAGGUCAAAAGGGUAAAUGACACUAGGGGAUCUAAUUUUUUUCGGCAUGCUGCUGCAAGUUUCUGAUCUCCAAUCAGAGCUUGUAUUGAAAUGUUUCCACACUUGGUUUCUAAUUCUUUCCAUCCAGCCUCGUAAGUAUGAUCACACCACUGUACUACUGUUUUGAGUUGAGCUGCAAGGUAAUAGCCAUGAAGAUUAGGGAGUGACAGCCCCCCUUUUUCUUUCCUAAUUGUAAGAGUACUGUAUCUAAUUCUGGGUUUCUGUCCCUUCCAAAUAAAAUGAGAUAUCAAUUUGUCCCACUCACAAAACUGAGAAUGAGGGAUUUUAAUAGGCAAAGAAAUAAAUAGGUAUAAUAACCUAGGUAAUACUGACAUCCUAAUUACCUCAAUUCUUGAAUUAAAGUCAAUUAUAGAUCCCGACCACUGUGUGAGGUCUUGUUUAAUUCUCCUAUUUACAGAUUCAAAAUUUUUUUUGUACAAAUCAAUCAGCAGGUAAGCCAACCAUAUACCCAAGUUGUUUUCUUAGACCAGUCAAUAGGGAUUUUAUCUUUCAGCUCAACCGAUGAGUGAUAGUUAAAACACAUAAUCUGUGUUUUAUCCAUAUUAAGUCUGUAUCCUGAGUAGGUGCCAAAUAUGCCUAGUAACUUUAGGACGGCCAGGAUGGAUUGCUCCGGGCUCGAGAGGUAUAGAAGGAUGUCAUCAGCAUAUAGUGCUAUUUUAUGUUCUCCUGAAUUCGUUACUAUGCCAUGAAUACCAUUGUUCUCCCUAAUUGCCUGGGCAAGAGGCUCUAUGUAAAGUGCAAAAGGAGUUGGGGAGAGCGGGCAGCCUUGUCGAGUGGAUCUCUCCAGCUUUAUUGUGUCUGUCAAGCGGCCAUUUAUCUUGAUCCUAGCAGUGGGCGACGCGUAUAAUGUUCUAAUAAUGUUGAUUGUGGUUUGUGAAAAACCAAAUCGUUCCAAAACUAGGAAUAAGUACUCCCAACUGACACGAUCAAAAGCCUUUUCUGCGUCUAAGCUCGCCAAUACUGCUGUAUGAUUGUUUGUCUGAAUAUUCUGAAUUAUGUGAAGUGAGCGUCUUAUAUUAUCCUGAGUUUGUCGGCCAGAGACAAACCCGGUUUGGUCCCCAUCAAUCAGAUCUGGGACAAACGCGUUCAACCUAUUGGACAAGAUAGAAGCAUAUAGUUUAUAAUCCUGGUUAAGGAUCGAGAUCGGUCUGUAUGAACUGCAUAAUAUUUUGUUUUUUCCUUCUUUUGGUAUUACCGUUAUAAUUGCUUCAGACCAUGAUGGCGGUGUUGUUAUUUUCCCUAAUGCCCAAUUUAAUGAUUUUAAUAAAACAGGGGAUAGUUCUUCUUCAAAUAUCUUAUACCAUUCACCUGGAAGACCGUCAGUACCGGGUGAUUUAUUAUUUUUUAAUUUUUUUACCGCUAUUAUCAGUUCCUUUUCCGUGAUUUGCUCAGUAAAACUUUUGUUCUGACAUUCUCCAAUUGUUGGCAAGUCCAAUGAAUUGAGAAAUGUUUUAACAUCUUCUAUUUUGCGUUGUUCUUGUUGUGCGUACAAUUCUUUAUAAUAUGUUUGAAAAGCUUUGUCAAUACCAUCCAAACUGUUUUCUACUAUUCCUAUCUGUGGGUCAGUUAUGGAGCAAAUUGAGUGCAUUAUUUGUUUUUUGUCAAUUCUUCUUGCAAGUAGUUUUGUUGCCUUUGGUCCAGCUUCGUAAAAUGAUUGUUUUAGUAAUUUAUAUUUUUUUUCUUCCUCUCUUUUAUGUAUAUCCAAAAUUUUACUCUUUGUCUCUUGGAUUUGUGCAUUGAUAUAAUCAAGUUGGUUUUUAAUUUGCAAGCUCUCCAAUUCUUUUAAUUUGGUCUCCAAUUUAUUUAGUUCCUUUUCUUUCUUAAUAGAGAAACGUUUUUAUCCAUGUUUAGAGGAAAAGGUUCGAGUCAUGAGCGACCAGACUGCGCAUGCUACUUGGCUAGAGCUAAUGCUAACCUAAACAGGGCUUUCACCAGUGUAUCCAAGGCUACAGUUAGCUUAUCCAUGCUAAUGGACAGCAGAUGAAGUAGGGGACCAGCUUAGGCAUGCUAGUUGUUAGCUUACCCAAAGCUAAUGCUAGCUAGUACUCUCCUUCCAGCCUAUCAUUGAUCAGAUCAGCAGCAUCAGAUUGGAAGUAGCCUCCUGCUACCAGGAAGUAGCUGCAGCUGGGUGGAGAAUCGCCCGGCGUGUGUGUGUGUGUGUUAGAGAAGAUGACUCCUCUUCCUCACCUUCAGGAGGAAGAGCAACGUUAAUGUCUGGUUUGGUUUUGAUGAUGUCACCGUGGCCCUGGAAGCUGAUUGGCUGCUGUUAUUUUUGUAGAUGACCACUUCCUGUUUCGGUUGUCAGAACACGAUGAUGAAUAAAGCAACCUGUCCAGGU